GCAGCGCCCAUGGUCAAUUUACAUUCUGCUGAUUUGCACGUCCUGUAAUACUUUUUGAGCACGAUUACAUUGAAGGAAAUACACAAUUAGCAAGCCGUUGGCGUUGUUAUUAAGAAGUCAACAACUUUUUGUUACUCAUCGAACGAUAUCUUUAAAAAUGGCGGAUGGUCAGGACGGAUCAGAAGACCCAACGGCACCCACAGGGGCAGCGGACGAAUUCCCAGGAGUGGAUGAUGGAACUUGGCGAUACUGGCUGGAGAAGAACAUCAUCAUGUGGGUUGCCAAGGACCCUUAUGGAUUUUUGUACACUGUGUUCCUCUGCUUAACUCCGCUGUUCAUCAUCAGCGCCAUCUUGUCUUACAUCCUCAUGAAGGAUAUUGAUAAGAAGGAAAAGGAUAAGAAGAGAAAAGCCAAGAGAGAUGCCAACAUGGCGCGUGCCCGGGGUCGGACGUCAAAGAAGACGGAUUGAUGAUGCCAGGAAGAAAAAAUGCAGUGGAGCAAGCAAUAUAAAUUUGAUUUAGAUAUUUUGCUGCAUUGUCGGUUCUCUUAUGAAAGACCAACUCUCAAUGAAAUACAGAAAAUAUGAAAGGAUAAAUAAUGUAAUAAGUUAUUAUCUGAAAUAUUCUUCACAAUAUAUCCAUACCAACAUUGAGAGUAGGUCCCCAUGAAUUUCAUGUAAAAAUAACAUUGACUGAUUUUAGAGAUAGAGAAUUAUAAUAUAACAAAUUUAUCCAAUUGGAUUGGCCCCCCCCCCCCUUGCUUUUAUGGGUUUUGAUAGGCCUACCUUUUGUUUUUGGUCAUGACGUGAAUCCCUACUCACAGUGGUGAAUGAAGAUGUAUGUAAUAUAAUUUACCUGUCAAAGUUUCUGCUUCAUGAGUCUUCAAGUUUUUGAGGGAAAAAAGUGAUACUCACAGAGCAAUGUUUUCAGGAGAGUCAAGUAAAUAUGGUAUUAUUUUAGCGUGUACACUGUAUUUACCAGUACAUACGUUGAUGCUUAAAUAAUUUUCAUCACAUGAGACGAAAACUAUUUUUGUGAAAUUAUUUUACUCAAUUUCUCGAAAACUACA